UUCAUAGAAAACACUCUUUAAUGCCGCAUUAACUUGAAAUCCAACAUUCUGCUGCCAACAACUUCUGAAAGGCUCUGCUUCCACCUGCCGAUGGUUAAACAGAAAUAUGGAGCGAAGGACCCGUCCGUGCUUUCCAGUGACGCGCACAACGUUCUGUCGCGCUCCUCCACCACACCAUGGAACGUCUCGAGCGCUGCCCAACCUGCCUCACCCACAGGUAUGCUCCUCGCGCUCAACUCUGAAGACGUGUGUCAACAAACGCAGCUAUUUGGUGCCUUUGUCUCUUUUUUCCAGGCGAAGGGAGAUAUUUUCAAACAAAAUAUCGGCCAAGAGUAGUGGCUGAACAUCGUUGAGAAGUUCACAUUGAAGAGGAACUGAUCUAAAGCUUGACCAUGGCCACAAUUGGGGACUUCGACCCGCUCAACUCCACCGUACCUGCGACUAAAAUUGAACUUACUGUCUCGUGCAGGAACCUGCUGGACAUGGACACCUUCUCCAAAUCAGACCCUGUUGUGGUUUUGUACGUUCAAGGCAUCGGGACAAAGGAGUGGAGAGAGUUUGGCCGAACAGAAGUGAUCGAUAACACCCUGAACCCGGACUUUGUUCGGAAGUUUGUCCUGGAUUUCUUCUUCGAGGAGAAGCAGAAUCUUCGCUUUGAUGUGUACAAUGUGGACACCAGAAGUUCAAACAUUUCAAAACAUAAGGACUUCCUGGGCCAGAUGUUCUGCACUCUGGGGGAGAUCAUUGGGUCCACAGGCAGUCGGCUGGAGAGAACCCUGUCUGGGAUCCCAGGGAAGAAGUGUGGGAACAUCAUAUUCACUGCUGAGGAACUGAGUAACUGCAGGGACAUUGCCACUAUGCAGUUGUGUGCCAACAAGCUGGACAAAAAAGACUUCUUCGGCAAGUCAGAUCCCUUCCUGGUCUUCUACCGCAGCAAUGAAGACGGAACGUUCACCAUCUGCCAUAAGACAGAGGUAAUAAAGAAUACUCUGAACCCUGUUUGGCAGCCCUUCACCAUCCCUGUACGAGCACUCUGUAACGGAGACUAUGAUAGGACGGUCAAGGUGGAUGUGUAUGAUUGGGACCGAAAUGGAAGUCAUGACUUCAUUGGCGAGUUCACCACCAGCUACAGAGAAUUCUCCAGAGGCCAGAGCCAGUUCAACGUCUAUGAGGUUCUAAACCAUAAAAAGAAAGGCAAGAAGAAGAAAUACGUCAAUUCAGGGACAGUGACACUGCUGUCCUUCAAAGUGGAGUCAGAAUACACGUUUGUGGACUUCAUCCGGGGAGGGACGCAACUCAACUUCACAGUGGCCAUCGAUUUCACAGCGUCUAAUGGUAACCCAUCCCAGCCCACCUCUCUGCACUACAUGAGUCCCUACCAGAUGAAUGCCUACGCUAUGGCCCUGAAGGCUGUGGGGGAGAUCAUCCAGGACUACGACAGUGACAAGAUGUUCCCCGCCUACGGCUUCGGAGCCAAGCUGCCACCGGACGGCAAGAUCUCCCAUGUCUUCCCACUGAACUCCAACAGUGAGAACCCUAACUGCGUGGGGAUCGAGGGAGUGUUGGAGGCGUACUUCCAGAGUCUCCGCACCGUUCAGCUCUACGGACCCACCAACUUCGCUCCUGUCAUCAACCAGGUGGCACGGUGUGCUGAGGAUGUGACUGAUGGAUCCCAGUACUUUGUGCUGUUGAUGAUCACAGACGGAGUCAUCUCAGACAUGGUGCAGACCAAGGAGGCUGUGGUCAAUGCUGCCGCUCUGCCCAUGUCUAUCAUCAUAGUGGGAGUAGGCCCUGCUGAGUUUGACGCGAUGGAGGAACUGGACGGUGAUGAGGUCAGAGUGUCCUCUAAGGGGCGCAUUGCUGAGCGAGAUAUAGUCCAGUUUGUGCCGUUCCGGGACUAUAUUGACCGCCAGGGCAACCAGGUGCUGAGCAUGGCACGGCUGGCCAAGGACGUGUUGGCAGAGAUCCCCGAGCAGCUGCUGGGUUUCAUGAAAACGAGAGACAUCGAGCCCCAGCCUGCCCUGCCCACCUCCUCCACCACCACUACCGCCCCUCUAGGACUCAACAACCUGUGCAUCUGAAAGUGGGGUUUGGUUGGGGUGGAGUCAGAGGUCGGGGGGGUCUUAGGUCUAGGGCCAUAGGGCCAUGGUUUGGACCAUUUUCAGUUGUAGCGAAUACCUGAAGAGACACACUGAAGCAGUUGGUGUGGACAUGAACACACACACACACACACACACACACACACACACACACACACACACACACACACACACAGGCAGUUGCUGUCCUAGUCAGAGGGGUAGACUGCAAUAGCACUGAAAGCUUUUUCACUACCGCUCCUUCCAUGUUGAAGUCAGCUAUUUUCCUGAUUCUUCUUUUAUCUCACUGCCGUAGCGAUGUCCAGCCUGGCGGACACAGCCCCCCUGCUGUGAUGUAACGACUCUACAGCUCAACGGGGGUCAAAUGCAGCGUGACCUUUGGGGCGAGAACUGUUGGAACUGCCUCCGCGGUCGCCAGCCCCUUACCUAACCCUUAGCUUAUUUCUUAUUUAAGGGUUCAGGGAUCGGUCACAGUUAAACGUCAGAAAAAGCAAGAGUUUGUGGACUUUUCGACGGACAUAAAGAGAGAUAGAUGUUCACCUUUUUUCCUCUCUAGUUCUGCAUGCAAUGAGUGUUUCAUCCCUGCAUCUUCUUGUGGUCCGAAACAGAAACAGCAACAAACUGGCCGCUUGGGUUGCCAUGGUAGUAUUCUACUUUGACCCCUCUCUGGCUAAUGUAUAUUUUUCAUGUGUAUAAUGACACUAUAAACAUUGCAGAAAGUCAGUUAAUAUCCAAAACAAGUUAAAAACACAGUAUCUUCAUGUUUGGUGUCUACUCAGGGCAUUUCUGACCGAAACAAUAUGGCAUCUGGACAGUUGUGGUCUCAGCCUCAGCAACUGGAGUCAUUGUGUUUAUAUAUCUUUACAACAUUUUUGCAAGGACUGGUUCUUCUUGUCCAGGGGUUGAUUGAAUAGUGAAUAUAUUGUGCUAUGCCAGUCCACACUAUAUGUAUAUAGGUAGUUGAAUGUUACUUCUUGAAAAAAUAUAUUCCUGAUAUAUUCCACGUGUUGAAAUGUAUAUGUUAAUUAGUAUGGCCUAUGGAUGGCUAUAUUUCAGAUCAGAAAAUACAUUUAGAGACAGAAUGUGUAAAUAUUGAAAUAACUUUGGUCACAAGGGCCUGCUAGCUGGCAAUUGCGUACUUCUGUUCAGAGAAAAGCAUUCAUCUUCAAAAUGAAGGGUCGUAAAUUGAAAUUGGCUUGAGAUGGAGCAUAGCUUGAAAUACCCCCUCCUCCGUUUCUUUUCAACCACCAUACAACUGGUCGUCUGAUGUCCCUGCACAGGUUAUUUCUGGCCCAAACAUCGGUCUCAAUAUACCUGGCUGUGACCCCACUCUCCAAGGGUGUCUCAGGGGGAGUUGGGAUAUGCAAAAAGCACAUUUCCAAUUCACACAUACAGGUCUAAGUCACAUGUAUAAAAUAGGACAAUAAUAAGCACCCACCAAAUUAUUAUUAUUAUAUUAGUACAGUACCGAGUCAGCUAUUUUAAAACUUGUCCUUGAUUUCCUCCUUCCAAAUUGAAACUUUUCCUAGCUUUUGCCCGGUGAUUAAAAAAUGAAUCAUUAAUGAAGUGGUCGGUCAAUGGUGGGAAAACCUGCUCCAUCUUUCAAAAUCUGUGGAGCUCCUGUUUAGUUUCAGAAAGACUCGGCAUGCGCUCGCUGAACAAAAGUGCUUAGAUGUAGCAAAGAACGCAUCAACGCUUCACGGUCACCAAGUCCAUCCAUUGUUUCUGGAAAGAGAAGAGGCCUCUGCAUAAGUUCUUCUCAAAAGUGUGGUCCCUCGCCACAGCCUGUUUAGAGGGAGUUGGAAAUGGCUGCUCUACAUAGCAAAUGUAUGCAUGAUUUCUCUCCGCCACAGCUCUGGUUAAUGAGAUAUGGGUCUAUAUAUUCAUUGUUGUUUUGGUUGGGCUCAUAGGCUCUACACUAGUUUGUUUACAAUGCAUGUAAUGCAUUCUUUUUUGUACUAGUCGUUUUAUUAUGCCUUUGUUCUUUGAGGAAUGCCUGGCUAGAAGGGAUCAUUCAAACAAAGUUUGUAUUUUGCAUUCAAGCAUCUAUUGUGAUUUGUUUGAUUUCUCUCUCUCUUUUUCUUUCUCUGUUUCUCUCUCUCUUUCUCUUUCUCACUCUCUCUCUCUCAUACACUGCACACACAUACCUUUGUUCCCAUCUCUCCAUUCAUUCACUCUCUCUUACAUAGUGGUAGUUUACCAUAACAUUUUUGACCGUGCCAACAACAGACAUGGCUUCUCUUGCAAUUUUUUUUAUUUCUCUGUUAGUAAAUUGCAUAACAAUAGUUUGUUGAUGUUGGUGCCAAAUGUUACCGUUCCAUUUUCACAUAGCACUUAAGGAGAGUGCUUGGACCUAACCAUAUAUUGGAAAGAUUGUGGGGUGGCCCUUAGAUACCCUGGGAAGAGAGAAACCAUGAGGGAAUCUUUUGAGACCAAACUUUAGGGAAACGAUCAAGCAUUUGGGGCAUUGUGACAGCAAGUCAACUAGAGACAAUACCAGUGCUGGACUUGGACAGCAGCUCACCGGAGCUGAGUAUCGGCACGUCAAAUGUUCUACAGCUUGAGCUCCUGUUACUCUUAUAAAACAUUAGCUAAAAAGUAUUGUGGAGCUGAGUACCGGAACCUAUUUCAGUCCAAGUCAAGCACUGGCUAUAGAAUAAGAUGGACAGUAGUAUGAAGAGUUGACUUAGGAAGAGAUGGAUAUGUGGCCUUAAUUAUGUCAUAAUCCCACGUGUGUGUGUGUGUGUGUGUGUGUGUGUGUGUGUGUGUGUGUGUGUGUGUGUGUGUGUGUGUGUGUGUGUGUGUGUGUGUGUGUGUGUGUGUGUGUGUGUGUGUGUGUGUAGGGAGGAUUCUAUUUUUAUAUUAUUCAAUGAAGUCAUAACUGCAUUAUUUUGCAUGCUAACCUGAUUAGUCGACACACUGCUGAUGGUUGUGGUCGUCAAAAAUAACUGUUCUUCACAUUUGAAAUUGACUAAAACAUUCCUAUUUGGCGAGUGUUCUGUGCUUGGUUGGUUUUGUAAAAGACUGGAUUGUGUAUUGAAUUUUGUCAAUGUUCUUUGUUGUACACUGUAUAGUAUACAGGAACUGCCAAUAUAAUAACCCCAAAAUAUAAUAGAACAUUUGAAUAGUAUGGAUUUCUAAUAGGCCGUUUUUAGUGCAUGUGUGUAACAGUGUUAUAAAGUCAAAAAGUCAACCUCACAUCACCUGCUGAACAUUUUAGCAUAAAGCAUGAUUGUCUGGCUUUGUGUUCAGUGUAGCUUUUGCUUAUAAGUAUAACUAAUGUAAAUAUAUCGGAGUUCCUGUACAGAAUAUUAUGUGAUCAGUCUUCCUCCUGAUUUUCUUUCUUAAAUGACUCUAUAAAUGUAAAUCAAUGUCAUGCCAUGUCCAUUUGUGUUGGUCAAAACCUAUUUGUAAGUUUGUACAUUUGUUUUAUAUAUCUUUAGCUUAGAUAUCAAAUAAAGAUAUAUUAUUAAGACUCA